CCGCUCUAGCGAUACCCAUAAAUAAUUUUAACAUUAUAUUUCAAAUGGAAGCAUUCACAUUGGAGCUACGGAUCGCUCGGCGUUGUGAUUUGCAACGCAUCGCGCCGCUAGUGGUUUUAACCUGCUUGAAUUUUCGGGCGACGUCGCUUUCUUUACUGGACGUGUAUUUUUAUUUAUUUUAGUAUAAUUGAGUGCCUUAAAAGGGGAUCAUGGACUUGGACCGAGAGUUAUUAAUUUCAGAAAUUCAAACACGUCCAGCACUUUGGAAUGAACGGCAUCCAGAUUAUAAAAAUAGGAUUAUUGCAUCAAAACAUUGGGAAGAAGUGGCUAAAAUAGUAGGGGUAUCAGAAAGUUUGGUGAAGGCUAAAUGGAAAAAUUUAAAGGACAAGUUUCGAAUUGAGAUGAAAAGUUUGCCUAAAUGCCGUUCUGGUUCGGAAGCCCAGGAAUACAAAGGAAAAUGGCCUUUUUUUAAUAUGAUGCAGUUUAUUAAAGGUAUCAUAGCUCCAACUGCUACCCAGGGAAAUUUGAGUGCGCCUGUUAAUCCAGUCAGUAAUAGUGACGUAGAAGAUACAUAUUUAGAUAAUGAUGUGACGCAUCCGGAUGCUUCUUUAAUGCAAGAUAGUAUUACGACAAAAUUUCAAACCUCGAAUGCUACUUAUACACGGCCUUCCACGCAAACUACCAAUUGUUCUACAAAUUCCGAAAAAUCUACACCAAAAAAAAAGAUGACAGAUCAGUCCGAAAUUGAUAGAUAUAUAGGAAUAGAACAGCAGAAACUUGAAUUGUUAAGGAAUGAUCAAAAUAGAAGUUCGGAACUCGUGCAGAAUCCUGAUUAUAAUUUUUUAAUGAGCUUGUUGCCAUAUUUUGGCGAAUUUGAUGGGAUCGAAAAACUUGAACUCCGGACAAGUGUUCAAAAUGUAGUUAUGGAGGCUCUUAAACGCAAGAAGCAAGGCGUCUCUUUAAACCAUGUUCAAGUAUAUUCCAUUAAUGUACCAGUAAGCACAAAUAAUGGUACCAGCGACACAACAGUAGGGAACUACGAACAGUCAACGACCUACUUACUCGAUUCUUUCGACGAAACUUAAAAAUGUGAAUUACGAUUUUUUUAACUUAAAAUUUAUUUGUUGUAUUAUUAAGUAUUUG